ACCCACUUUGAAGGUCUGGUAUAACAUUAUGAUGAUUGUACUAAGAAUACAAUUAUAAAUAUAAUGAAUAUUCAAAUUUGAGAUAUGUCAGGGUUCAAAUUAAAUUUAAAAGGCAGUAAAGGGGCAGGAACCCCUUCACCUAAAAUUGGGUUUUCUCUUAAGAAAAAUAUACCUAAGAAACCUAUAAAUAAGACGGUAACUUUGGCAAAUUCCGAUUCUGAGGAUGAUGAUGAUGAGAAGAUAGUUUCCAUAGAUUCAUUUGAUCAACGGAAAGGUGGUGCUAGAAAUGGGAACAUAUCUGUAAGUGCUGAGCCUAAAAAGGAAGUGCUUGUGAUUAAAAUUCCUGAUAGUAAACAAAGAAGAACUGAAAAGUCUGCAACUGAUCAAGAUGUAAACGAGUCAAUAUCUGACUCCAAAGAUCAAAUAUUAACUGAAGAUCAAAUCAUCCGACAAUCGUUGAUCUCAGGAGAUCUGAUACCUUCUUCUGAAGGACUUACUAUUAAAAGACCUCAAUCGGUAGAUAAUGACAUCGAAGAUCAGGAAGAUGAUGAAGACCAAUAUAAUAAAGUUCCAGUUGAACAAUUUGGUGCUGCAUUACUUCGAGGAAUGGGUUGGAAACCUAAUAAAAAAGUUAAACCGAACCCAAAUUUGGAUAACGUUGAAAAACGGAAAAGGGGUGAGCUUCUCGGUAUAGGUGCACAAAAAGUAGAAAAUGAAUUAAUGCUGGACUUAAUAACACAAGCAAAAAGGAGUGAUUGGAAAUAGACAGUAAGAAGAAGUGGAGGCACUCGUUGAAGUUGUAAUUCAACUUCCCUUGUCAGUUGAAGAUGAAUAGUAAGCCAGGACCAGUACGCACAGCAGUCAUAAAGAGCCU